AUUUCCUCCCAGCCGCCUGCGUACUCUCCAGGGGGCGGGACCUCGCCGGGAGGUGGGCUAAAGAGGAACUUCAGUCCAACCAGGAAGGUACCCAGGAGUUUUGGUGCGGAAAGGGCGGGGUCAUCUGUAGAAGCUGCCAAUGAAGAGCUGAGAUAGAAGAGGCUCAGCUGAGCCAAUGAGACAAGGACACACGAUGGGCGGGUGAUCUAGAAAGCGAGAUCAAUGAAGUCGAGGGCGGGUCUAGUAACGGGAAUGAGCCAAUGAGGCUCUGUAGAGACAGCUAGAGGCUGAGUCGGCCGUGUAUUGGGUCUGCCCAUCCCGACGGAAUCUGGGAAUCCCGAGGCUGCGGUCUUAGGUUACCACUGUCCGGGAGCGGACGAGAAAAACCACAGCUCUGGCCAGCCCCUCACUCGCCCCGCCCCUACCCCGGAGGCCCGGAAGCGGAAGUUACGGAUACGGAAGUGCCCUGCUGUUGCCGAGGGGACGGGCCAGGCAGAUGCCAACAUGGCAGCGGUUGGGUCUGGCGGUUCUACCGCGGCUGCUGCGCCAGGGGCGGUCUCCGCGGGGGCGUUGGAGCCUGGAACCGCGAGUGUGGGUAACGUGAAGCACCUCGCGCUCUUCCUCCAUGAGGCUGUCCUGGUGCGGUAUGUGGACACGCUCAAGCUUGCGGUGCCCUCUCUCAUCUACACCUUGCAGAAUAACCUCCAGUAUGUUGCCAUCUCCAACCUGCCAGCUGCCACUUUCCAGGUGACGUACCAGCUGAAGAUCCUGACCACGGCGCUGUUCUCCGUGCUCAUGCUGAACCGCAGCCUUUCGCGGCUGCAGUGGGCCUCCCUGCUGCUCCUCUUCACGGGCGUUGCCAUUGUCCAGGCACAGCAAGCUGGGGGUGGGGGCCCUCGGCCACUGGACCAGAACCCUGGGGCAGGCCUGGUGGCCGUCGUGGCCUCUUGUCUGUCCUCGGGCUUUGCGGGCGUCUACUUCGAGAAGAUCCUCAAGGGCAGCUCGGGCUCUGUGUGGCUGCGAAACUUGCAGCUGGGCCUCUUCGGCACGGCGCUAGGCCUGGUGGGGCUCUGGUGGGCCGAGGGCACUGCUGUGGCCCGCCGCGGCUUCUUCUUCGGCUACACGCCGGCCGUGUGGGGCGUGGUGCUCAACCAGGCCUUUGGCGGGCUGCUGGUGGCUGUUGUCGUCAAGUACGCCGACAACAUCCUCAAGGGCUUUGCCACCUCCCUAUCCAUCUUGCUGUCCACGGUCGCCUCCAUCCGCCUCUUCGGCUUCCACGUGGACCCGCUGUUCGCCCUGGGCGCCGGGCUGGUCAUCGGUGCUGUCUACCUCUACAGUUUGCCCCGAGGUGCAGCCAAAGCCACCGCCUCCGCCUCCGCCUCCGGGCCCUGCACGCACCAGCAGCCUCCGGGGCAGCCACCACCACCCAAGCUGUCUUCCCACCGCGGAGACCUCAGCACGGAGCCCUUUCUGCCGAAGUCAGUGCUGGUGAAGUGAGGGCUGGUGGCGGUGGGGGGUGACAGGGAGGGGGACUGGGUGGAGGGUGUUGGGCAUCUGCAGGGACCUGAGCUGCCACUGGGCCUGGCUCCUCUGGGACUGGAAGAGUUUUCUCCCAGGUCGUGGAGACUUCUGGAGGGGCAUGGGACGGGGUGGAGCAUCACAUGAACCCUUCCUCGCAGACUGGGCCCCCCUCCACUGGAGGGGGCUUUGAGAGCUGCCUCGUCUGCCCCAGCCAACCCCUUUCGGGGACUGGGUUGGCAGUGUUGUCAUUCAAGGCCUUUCUUUGCCUGCCUGCCCUCAGCUGGAGGUGUCCUGUCUUCCAUGCCUGGGAGAGCCCCUCCUAGCAGCCCCUCCACCUUUGUAAGGACAAAUCGGACAAAAAUGUUACAGCUCUUUUAGUGAUGGAUGCCUAUCUGUGGGGUUCAGCUUCCUGUAGCUUGAGGCCUUCUUGCCUCCCUCACAGCCGCAGUGGAUCAUGUUAGCAGUUCGGGUCUUUUUUGUACAUGGCCUUGGGGCAGCUUCCCUGACGGGAGACCCUUGAUAAUGGGCCUGUCGUGGGCACCCCGGAGAGAGGCAGGGGCCGGAGCUGACUCGUGUUGCAUCGGCCCAUUCCUGGGGAGGGUACAGUGCAGUGGGGGCCGUUUGUUUUUUUAGUGGUCUGGGAACUUGUGGUGUAAUCAGAUAAUUAAUAAUCCAGGGUGCGGGGAGGGGGAAAAGGUCCUUGGAGUGGCUGAAUCUCACUGAAAUCUAAGACCCUGUCAGAUGCCGGAUGCAGGGUUCUUUUCCGAGACAUCCCAAAAGGGAAGCUAAAGCUGCCGGCCACAGCUCUGGUAACGCACUGGCCCGUAUGAGGCGCCCUCGCUCUGGGACAGGGUGAGGGGUCUCCAAAUCCCUGAGAUGUGGAACCUGCCCCCUGCACUCCCUAAAGCUUAUUAACCCCUUAACGGUCUCCCAGGAUAUGCGUG